CUAAAUCGCGCUGUACGCGUCGACGCACAGAAUUGCGCCACACUUUCCCCCGCAUAUGUAGAUAGCUGGGCCUCUGUGGGCUCUCAUGGCACUGCCGGGUAUGCUCACGCUCGGCACGACAUUGCGGUGCUGGGAGGCGCUGGUCGCGGUGCUGGGUGCAGUUGGGGGCUUCGAAGCCAGCUGGCGGCGUGGCGGGUGGCGGCAUCGGCCACACUGCAUGCACCUGGCGGCGCGGCCUCCGCGCCUCCUGCCCCCCAGGUGUGGCUGCUAAUUGCGCAGAGCCUGGGCUGGCGGCAGGGCGCGGCUGAAGUGCCAGGAAGUGCCGUUGCUGACCCUCACGGUGAAGCAGGCGGCACAGCUUCAGCUCGCGCCUGCAUACCGUAUGACGCGCUACGCGUGCGUCACUUGGCCUUCAUCCAAGAGGCCUACAACGGCGCCGCGCCGCCGGCAGAAGCGAACUCAUGCGCUGGACGGGGCCCUGGCGCGGCUGUGGGCUCUGGUGUGGGAGCCGCGACACAAGGAACCGCUCUGGCGCAUGGCAGCCAGUGGAGUAACGGGCUUGGGGAUGCAAAUGCCCGUGUGCGCUUCAGAUGCCUACUGGGGCUAGGGUUCACCACUUCUGGGACUGUGUCGUGGCGGAGGAUCUGCGGGAUGAGUUGCGGGAGCAUGCGAAUGUGGACAUCACACGGAACCAGUUGUGGUUGGUACAGGCGCCACCAGGGCUAUCGCAGGCGGUAUGGGACAUCGUGUGCUUGGCUGUUGUGGCGGCACUGGAGUACGGCCGACAGCGCCUUUACGCGUGCCGUGAUGCUUCGCACCGGACUGCGGAGGUUGCUGUUGUAAGAAGGAUCGGUGUGGAGGUAGCUGCGUUCGUGAGUCAGCAUCGGCCUCCGUGCCGCUGGGACCUUGUCCCGAACCAGCACCUUUCCUACCGUCAGAUGAUGUUGGAGGGGUUAUCCUUGUGGGGCCAGCAGCCGACUCGCCACCGGCCUCACCCUGGCUUGUCAGCUGAGGGACUCGCAAGAGGUAGUCUUAUGACGCCGACCUACGGCUUAGGUGAGCAGCGCUAGCGUUUGCGGUGAGCCAGGCCUGUGGUUCCUCCCCUCUCCCCGGAGACGAGGAGCAUGGUGGUCAUUUGAGAAUCUCUCCUGGGGUGAGCGUGCGGUCUCGUACGUUUUUGGGGCCCUGGCUUCGUCCACGGCUGUCGUCCCACAUGUAACCUCUAUCAACU